AUGUUAAAAGAUAAUGUCAAUCCCAAAGGAUUGAAUAUAAAUGGAUUGCGAAACGGGAAGAAUGGUACAGUUGUUGUCUCUGCUUCAGAUAAAACCUCAAUUGAGUUAAUCAAGGUUAAUGUUGAGAAAAAACUGGGUCAAGACUACGAGGUUAAGAUACCAGAAGCAUUGAGACCGACGAUCAAAAUUAUAGGAUUUAGCGAAGAAAUGAAUGAAAAUGAUUUGAAAGUUGCGUUGUUGAAACAGAACCCUUCGUUGGACAAAACCAAACAUUUCGAAAACAAAACAAAUAAUGUUAUGUCCUUAUUUCCAUUCCACGUACCACAACCUUUGACAACGAAUGAAAUCAACAAUGCUUACGUGAUCAUACCCGAACACUCUCCACCUAACGAUAUGAGUUCGAAGCGACCAUCAUAUAUAGGUAAGCACGGUAAGCACCUGAUUGAAAAACUAGCUGUGGACACGCAAAAUAUUAUUGACUAUUUGGUUACAGUGCUACCGUUAGAGUUUACCGAGGGUGAAGGACGCCUAGUUGGAGGAUCACACGCAGCACCCGGUCAAUUCCCGUACCAAGCUUCACUACGUUCAUCAGGCGAUGCUCAUUUCUGUGGUGGUUCCAUCAUCAGUAGUCGAUGGGUUCUGUCGGCUGACCAUUGUACUGUCGGACGAUCUCCGGCCAAUACACGCGUCGUAGUUGGAACUCACCAGUUGAACAGUGGUGGUAUCAUGCAUCAAGUUUCUCGCAUCGUAAAUCAUGGACAGUACAACAGUAACACUAUGACAAAUGACGUAUCGGUUGUGCAAACAGCCUCAACGAUCACCUUCAAUAACAUGGUGCAAUCUAUUCCGCUUGGAUCUGCAAACAUUAACACAGCAUCCGGAGCAGUAAUUUCGGGAUGGGGGCAACUGGGAGCAAAUGUCGGUAUACCCAAUAAUCUCCAAUUUUUGCGAAAAAAUAUAAUUAUUAUUAUUAGUCUUGCGGAUUGUCGCAGUCGGCACGGUGGCAAUGCCGCGUUCGUACACGCCAACACCAUUUGUUCACUGGCACCUGCUGGUCAGGGUAUAUGCAUGGGUGAUUCCGGUGGUCCGUUGGUAUUUAAUGGUGCCGUUCACGGUAUCGCAUCGUGGGUAAUUCCAUGUGGUCGAGGUUUUCCAGAUGUGUACGCACGUGUAUCAUCCCAUAUAACCUGGAUCAUGAACAAUGCUAGAUACUUUACAAUGAACUUUACUCUAUGGUGUGAUUGUGGAAUCAAUUCUUGA